CUCAAGUUUGCGGGACAACUGAGAAUACCGGCUCUGAAUGCUGCCAGCAGGACCGAGUUAACUGUGUUUACUGACACACUCGCUUCACCUUUUAGGAAGGACACCGCUGCCUGCCGGGAUUCCCUGACUGGUUUUGUGCUGCACUAUUAUCAAAGAAAAGGAGAAAGAAAAAAAAUCACCAAAAGAGCAAUUAAAAAAAAUGGAUGAAACUGCUGCAGAAGAAGCUGCAUGAAAGUCAAACAAAUUCCUUUUAUCUGUGUGGACACUACAGCUGAAGGUUUAUCCGACAGAUGACGGUGUGAAGAGGAAAAGCUAACACAUGAGCAUUUAACUCUGGGAGCCUGGAAAAAGCUUUGCUGAUCAUGACAUUUUAGUGCAAAUUUCUAUACAGCUGCCAAAAUCACAUGGAUAUCCAACUAAUUAUCUACAAGGAGACGGGAUAACGCGAAUAUUUCCUCCUCGGGUUUAGACGUCCGAAAUGUAACUGUAAUGUUCUGGCUUUCCAAUAUCAUCAAAGACAAUUUCAGUUUCAAUAUAAACCUCAAUUUAGAAGGCUUCACGUGGACUUCAGAAUAGAUAAGAGAGACAACAAGCAAACCUGUGUAUCUGUCAUCAUCAUCUUCCUACAUGCAGCUCCCCGCUUAGCUUUAUUGAAAAGGAGGAGCCCAUUAAAGCAUUUGAUAGAUAGGAAGGUUUGGUCUGAAGGUGUUGUUGCCGGCUGGCUGCUGGUUGGAGAUGAGAUAAGAGCUCUGGGAAGAGAGAAAAGAAGUGGCUGUCUGACGGGAGCUGAAUACAAAUUAGGAUUCAUCUCUCCUGCUACUACACCAGUGAGGCCAGUCGAUGUGAGAGAAGUGAAAUGGACAAAUUAGUCAGCUUCAACCACAGGAGCGUUAGUUGUCAACUGUGAACUGUGCGCCAAAGGUUGAUAUGAUACCACAUUAAAAUACACAGGGAAGGAGUUAGGGAAAGGAAGAUAAAAGACAACCUUUUGUACUUUCUACAGCCAAAACCAAUAGUGCCAUGCCUUAUUUAGAGCCAUGCCUGAACUGAUCUGUGUACAGUUUUAGAUUAUAGUAAUGAGGCUGCGCUAAACCUUCUAGAAGCAGGGUUUUAAAAGAAGCAGAUUGGAGAUGGAGCUGAAUGAUAGCUUACUGGACUACUUCACCAGCAACUUUACAGAGAUUACUAACACCACUACCGCUCCACCCUGGAGCGAGGCCACGCUACUCGGCCUACAGGUCUCCCUGUCUGCGCUGUUAGCUAUCAUCACUUUGGCUACCGUGCUUUCAAAUGCUUUCGUCGUCGCCACCAUCUUUCUGACUAGGAAGCUCCACACGCCUGCCAACUUCCUAAUUGGCUCCCUGGCCGUCACAGACCUGCUGGUGUCUAUUUUAGUCAUGCCAAUUAGCAUCGUCUACACCGUCAGCAAGACCUGGUCGCUGGGGCAGAUUGUUUGUGACAUCUGGUUGUCGUCUGAUAUCACCUUCUGCACGGCCUCCAUCUUGCACCUCUGUGUGAUCGCACUGGACCGCUACUGGGCCAUCACAGACGCUCUGGAGUACUCAAAACGGCGCACCAUGCGCCGGGCGGGGAUCAUGGUUGGGGUGGUGUGGGUGAUCUCCAUAUCGAUUUCGAUGCCUCCACUUUUCUGGCGGCAGGCCAAAGCCCACGAGGAGCUAACAGAGUGUGUGGUGAAUACAGAUCAGAUCUCUUAUACCCUAUACUCCACCUUUGGCGCCUUCUAUGUUCCCACAGUGCUUCUCAUUAUCCUCUAUGGACGGAUCUAUGUUGCUGCUCGCUCUCGCAUCUUUAAGACGCCGUCGUCCUCGGGGAAACGUUUCACCACAGCGCAGCUCAUCCAGACCUCUGCAGGCUCCUCUCUCUGUUCUCUUAAUUCUCCCUCCAACCAGGAAGCACACCUACACUCUGGCAACGCGGGAGGUGGUGGAGGAGGAGGAGGGGGAGGAUCGCCUCUGUUCAUGAAUAGUGUGAAAGUGAAGCUGGCAGACAACGUGCUGGAGAGGAAACGUCUGUGUGCUGCUCGGGAGAGGAAAGCAACCAAGACUUUGGGCAUCAUCCUGGGCGCGUUCAUCAUCUGCUGGCUCCCAUUUUUUGUUGGUACGCUUGUCAUGGCCAUAUGUAAAGAAUGCUGGUUCGAUCCAGUGCUUUUUGAUAUAUUUACCUGGCUAGGAUACCUGAACUCCCUCAUCAAUCCUGUAAUCUACACCGUAUUCAACGAUGAGUUCAAACAGGCUUUCCAAAAACUCAUCAAAUUCAGACGAUGCUCCUGAAAAACCUUACAGUGGAUUAAAACUGUCUCCAAGGAAAAUAGGGAGUGAAAGAGAAAAAGAAAAAAACGUGAUAAAAAGUGAUAAUAAUGAUAACAAAAGUACUGUACACUUAAAUGUUCCAUCUUGUAAACACAUUCUAAGUGUGUUAUGUUUUUGUUUUUUGUUUUUUUUACAUCAAACAGCUCUGUGCCAUAGCUCUUUAGAUACCUACAGUAUAUCCAUCCUAUAGACUUAUGCAUGCAUGCUUAAAAAGAUAAAAAUCUUUACCACAGAGAAUUGUGGAACUCAUCUUAAAAAGAUAAAUAAAGGGGAUUUGAAGACUAUUUCAUGUCACAGGGACAUUCCUGCUAUUUCUUGAACAAAAGCAAAUAUUUUAAACAAACAAGGACUAGUGUAACUGUAUGGAAAGAGUAAACUCAGAGCGACUGGAUUCAAUCCAGCGGAAAUGAAAAGCCAUGAAACAUAUGUUCACUUAAUCUUUGUGUCAUACUGUAUGCUGCUGCGCUCAUAUAAUGUUUCUGUGGUACAGUAAAGAACUUAUAAAGAUGAAAAACUCUAGAGAUUCAGUAAAAAUGUCCCCCGUGUCAAUACUUUUGAAAGUACUUAGUGUGUGUGUGUGUCUGUAUGAGUGUGUGAAGGUACUGUAAUAUAUGCAUGUUUGAGGAGGAGAGGAUUGUCAAGUGUUUGACAUUUAUACAUGCUACUCUCCACUGAGGCUUGUCUCUUCAUUAGAGAGACUGAAAUGGAAACAGCAUUUCCACCCUGCCUCUGAAUAUUAAGCACCCUGUGCCAUAGCAACAAAUAAACCCUUCCAAAAAAAUCUUAUGAAAUUAUAUGCUCAAGCAAAAAAGGACGCGGUGAGGGCAAAUGACCAGAGUACUGAGAGCAAAUUGAGAGUUAUUAAUUUUGAGGAUUGAAUUUAUUUAUUUAUUUGUGUUCUUACUGUUAAUAUCUGUUUUACUGUUAUGAGAAAAAUUGGCAGAUGCAACAUACUUGCAUUAAAACUGAUUCCCUAAUGUCAAUAUGGUGAUGAUCACAAAAAUGACUUGGAUAAGGCUUGGAUUUUUUUGGAAGAACUUACAGGAUUAAAAAUGCACUGACGUCUGUGAGGGAUGGAACACAAAACAUUUCAAAUGAAUCACAUGAUCAAAGUACAAAUUAAUAGAUAGAGCUACUGUUAAUAAAAAAAUAUUACCCUGCAAAUGUGAUAAAGACAUUAAAGAUUUGUCAAUAAACAAGCUACAGAUACAUUAGCUGUCACGCUGCAGUUAUCGUGUAGUGGUCAAUGUGGUCAGUCGCUGGCCUUAUCUAUGACGGCUGUUGACGCUCCUCUUCCAAAAACCUGUAACUAAAUGUCAUUUGUUGCUACUUUACAGCUUUUCUACUGUUCUCGAUGUGAGAAAAGAGCACAUGUCAAGUGUUUAAUUCUCAUACCAGU